AUGAUUAUAGCGUACCCUCCGACCCGGAACCGGUGCAGAUCCGACCCGACAUACAUAAAACAACAUUCAGAAAAACAAGUCAUGGUUUUUCGAUCAAAACUAGGUGAAAAAAAUCCAAUCUCUAAAUGUGAGCUGAGAAGAAGAACCAGCUUGGAAACCGGCCCUGGUUCGUCAAACAUAUCUGCUGCUUCGAGUGCAUCACUUCAGCCUUUUCCUGAGGUUAAACGAAGAAAGAGACACAGAAGGAUGCAUGUCGAAAACCAAGAACCAUGCAUCAUGAGAGGUGUUUAUUUCAAGAAUUUGAAAUGGCAAGCUGCAAUUAAAGCUGACAACAAACAGAUCCAUUUAGGAACUGUGGGCUCUCAAGAAGAGGCUGCUCGACUUUAUGACAGUUUCUUCGAUUCUUUCUUGCUCAGUGGUUUCAUUCUAGCUGAGGUGAAACGAAGAAAGAGACACAGAAGGAAGCAUGUCGAAAACCAAGAACCAUGCAUCAUGAGAGGCGUCUAUUUCAAGAAUUUGAAAUGGCAAGCUACCAUUAAAGUUGACAAGAAACAGAUCCAUUUAGGAACUGUAGGCUCCCAGGAAGAGGCCGCUCGACUUUAUGACAGGGCCACAUUCAUGUGCGGAAGAGAUCCCAACUUUGAACUGUCUGAGGAAGAAAAGCAGGAGCUGAGGAAAUUCAACUGGGAUGAAUUCUUAGCCAUCACCAACAAGAAAAACCAGAGACAUGGCGGGACUGGGCCGCGGAGGAUGCUUCUAGACAACGACUAGGAGGGCGAGGAGCACAGACGCAGUGGUACAUCGGCUUCUGAAGAUGAUAUCUGAGGUUAAACGAAGAAAGAGACACAGAAGGAAGCACGUCGAAAACCAAGAACCAUGCAUCAUGAGAGGUGUCUAUUUCAAGAAUUUGAAAUGGCAAGCUGCCAUUAAAGUUGACAAGAACAGAUCCAUUUAGGAACUGUAGGCUCCCAGGAAGAGGCUGCUCGACUUUAUGACAGUAAAAUUGAAGCUGCAUACCUGUAGGCUGUUUCUCUGAAGAUGCAAGAAGAGCUCAUACGGGAAGAGGAGGCGGAUUGGCUUGCUGAGAUUGAGCACAGAGCAAAGCGUGCAGCAGUGGAUAAGGAAAAGAAGUCUAAAAAGAAACAGGUUUUAUUUCAAUUAUCUUUCUUACCUUGCAGUCUUUAGUAGUUCCUGUCAUUGGGUGAUACAGUUUUAGACUUCUAUGGUUAAAGUAAUUCGACUUACAGCUAAGAAGUUAGUCAUGGUAAUCUAUUAUUCGCAAAUAUGAUUCCCUGGUGGCACCGUGUAAAUUCAUUUUGUUCUGUCUGUGAUAAGUGUUUACUUUGUUCGAAAAGCUACCAUCAUCACACUCCUCGCCUGUUUGCUUGGUGUGAGUUCA